AUGUUCAGAUAUGAGGGCGUGAUUGGUCCGGGUCCGGAAACAGGUGAUUACCAUAAGGGGAUGAGCGCUGAUUUAAGAUAUCGGAUCCGGAUAGGGAUCCGCACGGGUGAACCCCCGGGUGUCGGCAGGUCAACCCGCACCCGCACCCCGAGAAGGAGGAGGGGCGUGCGCUGGGCAUUCGCGCAUGGCGUCCAUCGCAUUGGGAAUGGCAUAGUGGUUGUUGGUGAUGGUGUCACUGGGGUAUGCACUAGUGCCGGCGCGAAUGACAAAGAUGGUGGUGUGAAUGAUGGCGAAGGUGACGCGGAUGGUGGUGUUGGCGUCGUGGAUGGUGGUGUUGGCGUGAAAGCUGGUGGUGGUGUGAAUGCUGGUGGUGGUGCAAGUGCUGGGUGCACAAAGAUAGGCGCCGGCGACGUGACGCGUAUGACAUCGUUGUUGUUGCUGGGGGUAGAGUCUUCAAUUUGGUGGAGUUGGGAAGGCGCGUUAGGUGCUGGUGUUGGUGGUGGUGCCGGUUGUAGCGUGCACGUGGGAAUGCUGGGUGGGAAGAUGUUGAUAGUGGCGUGGCACGGGUAUAGCUGGGGUAUGGGUAAGAGCGCGGGUCUUAGAAUCCCGACCCGUACCCGUACCCCAGUAGUACCCGUACCCGUGACCCGCGCGGGUUACCCAUACCCGUGCAGAUCCCUAGAUCCGGAUGUGUGGAUAUGCAAAGGUACAGGGUUUCAGAUAAAGGACAUGGAUAGGGGAUCCGGAGGUCCGGAUGAGGCGUGGGAACAUUGUUGGAUGUAG